ACGCCAGUUCAACGUUCAAGUGCAGCGCGGCCGCACCUCCACAGCGUACCGUGCGCGCGCGCAGAUGCCUCACACUCCCGAACGAAACAAAUUAAACACACAGUUCUUCUAAAUUACAAAAUUAUUCCUGACUUUGUACAAGUGCUCCAAGUGUUUGUUCAGACGUUUGCUUUAAAACUGUUUAUCUACAACGUGCUGUGCUCUUUUUGGGGUCGAAUAAGAAGAGCGAAGCAAGCGAUAUGUGACGCGUAACAUCCGAUAAAUCCAGAAACGGACGAUCGAUCGGGAACUGAAUCAGUGGGUGUGACAACUAGUGUUGUGGAGCAACAUGCACACCAUGGACACGAUGGGCUACGGCCACAAGAAAUAUCGACCGCCGCUGUCGCCCACCAGCUUCUACCAACACGACUAUUACUCAAGACACACGACACUUCGCCCCCAGAGCGAGUACCGCUUCGCUGGCGGAGGGUAUCCCCGCGCCGGUGUGGCCAGCAGCAGCAGCCGCAGCGGCGGGCUCUGCUCAGCAGCGCUGGUGGGUGGCGCCUUGCUGGCUGCCGUAGCCGUGCUGGCAGUGGCCGCGCUCGCCUUCUAUAUGGGAGCGCUAAGGCCUGAUAAUGGGGAACCAAUAAUAUCGUUCGAGGGCACGUUCAGAGUGACUCGAGGGGACGUGUACGGCGGAGUGCCAGGCAGUCCCUCGUAUAGAGAGCGUGCUAGACGCUAUAGCGUGGCCCUGCGGCAAGUGUACGCAGCUCCCUCGACGCUACGACAGGCUUUCACAGGAGCUAUCGUCACGGGUUUCGGAGACCGAAGACUAGACGUACACUUUAGAUUAUAUCUCGAUAGAAGAAAAAUACCAAGUUCUGUAUCGAACAUCGAAGAAACUCUUAAGAAUAUUUUAAUUCAAGAUUUAAAUUCAAAGCACCCAGCAAUUGGACAGAGUAUAAAAGUAGAUACAUCUAGCAUAGUCAUAAAGCGAGAUCUAGAACACACAUAUCAUUCAGAAUCUUAUGUAAAAGAAGCUAUGAACGAGAGUAUGGCAAUGACCAACCCAAAGGCCUCACCACCACCAACUGGAAUUGAUAAAACUCUUCAAUCUAGAGUAGGGGUCGUGCGUAAAACUACAGUAAAACCGAAUCAAAAGAAAGAUCCAGAUGAACCUGAUAUAGACACAGAAAAUAUUCCAGUAGUGCAAGGAUCUUUCCAAAUAACUAAGACUGAGGCAGACAUAACGGAAAAUAAGAAAUUAAGUUCUAGUCCAAUACGUCACGACGACAGGACAAGUCACAAAACUCCGGCUAAAACGACAACAUCAACUAAAACGCCUCCGACUAGAACAACUACAAAGCCUACAACAACGAAGAGAGUUCCUACAAGCACACCAAAGACGCGACCAUUUACCAUAAUGUCUACUCUCAAUGUUAAGACAAGAACGGAACCAACACCAAAAAAAGGAAUCGAGAAAAGUACACGAGCCCCUGUAACUUCUACGUCAUCUACAACCACCUCGACCACGACGAUGAUGCCGACAACUACAGCUCAAGCUACCACCACCAGUAAUGUUUCUCAAAUUCUACUCGAUCUGCUUACAAACGAAAAUCAUUACAAAGAUUUACCUAAAAUCGAUUCGUUAUUUACUGUCCCACAUGUUAUUGAUAAUGAACCGUGGAGACCUAUAACGCAGCCGUACUAUGAACGAACGAGUAAACCAACGCCCUCUGUUGAAAUGACCAGUGAUCUAAAUGCUGAAGAUAGAAUGGGAGUAGCAGAAGUGGUAGACGAUGUCUCAAUAUUAGAAAGCAUAAUGACACCUAUACCACCCGUGAAACACAGAGAUAAAACGACUCACAGGCCAAUAGGCAUUCACAAUAUUGACCCAAACUUAGCAGCUGAAGUCUAUGUACCAAGUCCUGUAUACACAAGCUUUACAUUACCAACUUACGCACCACCUUUAAAGAAUAUGGAAACUCUAGGAUCGAAUUACCCAAAACCGCAUCCCAUACCUGUAGAUAAGAUAAGUGGAGUUGUUGAAGUAGUGGAAGACUUGGACUUGGAUACUGAAGACGACGGAAAACCAGUCGAACGUCCACCCAAGGAUAAACAAACAAGUGUUUCUAUAAAUGUGCUACAAGCCGAUAGUAGCGACACUGAUACUGAACAACUGUCUAUUGAUGGUGCGUCCAUAUUGAAGAAGCAUAACACUACGACAAGUACGAGCACUACUACUAGUACCACUACCACCACCACCACCACCACAACUACCCCUACAAGUACAACUAGCACCACAACCAGCACCAGUGCCCCAACGACAUCUCCCACCAAAAAGCCAGUUAGCAGCACCGUUUCCACGACUCCAGAACUGAAAGUAGUAAAUACCACAUACAAAACUACAGAACAACCACAAAAUGAAACUUCUAAGGAAAACUCAACGAGAAGACCUAACAAUAAAGUUUCUAUCAUACCUAGCACAGGAGCACCCCACCUUACUUGGGAAUUAGUCAACACUUCAACGAACGAUAACGAAACAUUUAACAAAAAUUCACCAGAAAAAUAUUACAAUGACACUCUACAAGCAAUAAUAACAAAAAACGAUGAUGUUUUUCCUAACACAACACCAAAGUUUCCCGGGAAGGUUUCAAUAUUUCGGAAUUUAACCGAUAUUAUAAAGAAAUAUACCCAAAAUACGCCAGUCAAAUCUGAAGAGACUCUAAACGAUAUGGAAGUUGAAGAGCGACAUAAUCAUAACAAAAUGACUGGGUCAGUUGAAGUAGUACCAGACGACGAGUUGGAGAUAACGACGGCUGGAGUUAUCACACUGCUUCCUGCAAAAUCCAAUCUGGGUAUGAACCGCCCACUGCGUCCUCGGCCUAAAAUUAAAGUCGAAUCUCAACCAAUGAAAGAAAACUUACGCAGUUUUUUUCGUGAUGAUCCCGAAACAAUGAAAAUAAUUGACGAAUUAAGCACCGAAAAUUAUUAUCAUAAUUAUGACGUCAAUCAUAGUGAUAAUCAGAGUUCAGAUACUGCUCCCAAUUCAGAGCAUUGGAGAUUAACGCCAGCGCCUGAAGUCAUAUCAUCAAACCCGCCAACUAGCAGUAGAUUUCCGAAAUCAAGUGAUGAUUUGAGUUUUUCAAGCGAAAAUAACGAACCAUUUAAAAACAUGGAUAUUUCAAACACUACGUCCGUACCUGAAGGGACUUACAGAGUAUCCUAUCAUGUAACUGGAAGUGUAAGUAGUAAGCGUGCUAAUAAAACCCAGUCACUUCCUGCCUACGAAUUGACCUUAGAACCAGAUGUUGUUUUAGAAAUACCUAUAAAUCAAACAAAUACUCUGACUAUCGACAAACUGAAGCAGCUUGCUAGUCUUGCUACAAUUUCGGAUUCUAAUAACAACACGUUGUUUCGAGCACCAGGAAGUGUAAUUUCGACAAAAGCCAUACCAUCCAGCUACACGUUGAACCAAGCAGGUUUUAAAAUUCUUACUAAAACCUAUAAUAAGAACCCGUCAAUAAAGCAAGAAGGAAAUACUUUUGAUGUACCAGAAAAGACUUACAAUAAGCCUUCGAAAACAAAUAAGGAAAAGGAAAGUGUCAGCAACUUCAUCAAGGAAUUAACCGAAGAAAAUGAAUGUAAUAACGCGACAUCGUUUCGAUGCCCUGGCGGGCUGUGCCUACCGCUAACGUCUCGCUGCAACCGCUUGCUCGACUGCCCGGAUGGCGAGGAUGAAAAAUCCUGCUCCUGCGCAGACUAUCUGCGCGCAGAUUUUUCGCAAGCCAAGAUCUGUGAUGGCGUUGUCGAUUGUUGGGACUAUUCUGACGAAAAUAAAUGUGAAUGGUGUAAGGAAGGUCAAUAUGUGUGCGCUAAUGCCCGUCAGUGCCUGGAUAUGGUCAAAGUGUGCGACGGUACGCCUGACUGUCCACUCGGAGAUGACGAGAAGAGUUGCGUAGCACUUGCAGAUCAACUAGAGGACAAUGAAGUUAUUCCAUACAAUGAAGAAGGUUUCGUGAUGGUACGCAAGCGUGGUGUUUGGGGCCGACUCUGCGUGGAAAGUUUUAAUGACGUGGUAAAACAGGCUCAAAGCUCUCUGAAGCUGCCUGACCUAGGCAGAGCUGUAUGCAGAGCGAUGACCUUCCAUGAUGCAGGCUGGGCUCGAGAAGCUCGUGAAGGCCGCAAGUCAAGCGCAGCAGGCUACUGGGAGGUGUGGCACAACGCGGCGGCGCGGGCGCAUGACACGCAGCUCUCCUUCCGACGCGCCUCCUGCGCCAAGAAGCGCGCACUUCGAGUGAGGUGCACCGGCCUCGACUGCGGCAUACGACCACACGCUGACGCUCAGCAGCCCAGGGAUGAUACUGACGCGCACGUGCGCCGCGGCAGGGUGGUGGGCGGCGACGGAGCGGCGGCAGGCGCCUGGCCAUGGCAGGCCGCGCUUUACCGCGACGGAGACUUCCAGUGUGGCGGGACCUUGGUGCACGCGCAGUGGCUGCUCUCCGCCAGCCAUUGUUUCUAUCAAGCAACAGAAGCUCAUUGGGUGGCUCGCUUGGGCGCACUACGACGCGGCGCUUGGCCUCGAGGCCCGUGGGAGCGCGUGUCCCGGGUGCGACAAGUGGUGUUGCACCCGAAGUACGCGCCUCGCGGGUUCCGCAACGACAUCGCGUUGUUGCGCGUGGAUCCCGUGCCGCUGCACGCGCGGCUGCGGCCUGCGUGCCUGCCGCCGCCGCGGGCGCAACCACCGGCCGGACAUCACUGCACUGUGGUCGGCUGGGGACAGCUGUACGAACAUGAACGCGUCUUCCCGGAUACACUGCAAGAGGUUGAGCUGCCAGUGAUAUCGACAUCGGAGUGUCGGCGACGCACGCGGCUGCUGCCCCUGUAUCGCGUCACUGACGACAUGUUCUGUGCGGGCUACGAGCGCGGAGGCCGAGACGCUUGUCUCGGAGAUUCUGGAGGACCGCUCAUGUGCCAGGAAUCAGAUAAAUGGUACGUUUACGGUGUAACCAGCAACGGCUACGGCUGCGCACGAGCAAACCGUCCCGGCGUGUACACCAAAGUUUCACACUACAUAGACUGGAUCGACGCAGUGCUGGCGGCGAACACUGUGCCGACCAACGAUAGCAGCAACUUCACCUCCAGCGAGCAGGAGGCUAAUGAAGACUUCUACGCAGACCUCGAGACAGCCGAGAACAGAAGACCUGGCAGGGUAGACACCUGCAAAGGCUUCCGAUGUCCGCUAGGAGAAUGCUUGCUACCCACCAGCGUCUGCAACGGAUUUCUCGAGUGUUCCGACGGCAGCGACGAGUGGCAGUGCAGUAGAGUCUCACCAAAUAACUCCAGCAUAGACCCCGAUUAACAGCAUUUAAACAGGUUUAAUUACUUAUAAGCCAGUACUUAGAAAGUAGGGUAAAAUUUCGAAAUUCGACUGAUAUUUUAUAAGAUAUCUGUAAGUUAUGAAAUCUCUGUAAAAGCGAGAUAAAAUAUUUCAAUUACAAUAAUACUACAUUCCAUUAAUUUCACGUAACGCUAAACGAUUGCUACGCCAUAAUUAUUGUGUAAUGUUAUUUGGGUUGGCUUGUAAAUAUAGGUGUAACGCUUGUGCCCAAAUUGUUGUUUACCACUGCACGAUUAUUGCUAAAUUGAAUUUAUUUAUUGAAACCCAUGGAACACCUUUUCCGUUUGAAUUUUAAUGUAUUUUUUUAAAUGGACGAUGUGAGCCAUGGAACAAACAAAAUAAAAAUGUAAUAAUA